UAUAAGUGAACCAUUGAGGCGGGUGAAAGCUAAAUCGCAAUGAGAGCCAUAUUCAAUUCGCGUCUUUUACAAUUUACCAUCGGUCUGAUGGGGAUCAUCGUGGCCUCGGCGACAAUGGCAAUUCCCUAUUUGCUUCAGAGCAAAGUACUCGGCAUUGUACGGGCCCUGGAGCUGACGGCCUCGGGAUUACUCAUCUUUGGGCUGGUGAAGAAGCGGGAUCUGAACAAGCCAAAGAUCAUGAUGGUCUGGUUGGUCUGUUCCCUGUUGUUUGUAACCGGCAUUUUCUACAACAUUUUUGAGGGCUUCUGGAUGUUCUACAGAAUCGGUGUCUUAACAUCGAUAAUAGUUACCGCCUCGUCGUUGGUUGCGGCAGCUGUGAUGUCUGGCCUGAUGGUUGUGGUGUACAAUGGCUACGAGAGGCUGGUGGAUGGCAAUGACGAGCAGAUACUUACAGCCUAAGUGGAAAAGUUGUGGAACCAGCUCCCCUGCUCGAAGAAGUUUCCCUGUGAUGGAAGAGGAUCGUUGCUGAAUAGAAGCUCGACUAAUUACAGCAGAAGCUUACUACGGAUGGCAGCAUCAUCAGCAGCCAUAGCACAUCCCUUAUGUGAAAUAAUUUUAAUUAAAAAAUGUCGCUUUUCACAUGUUUCCCCAGUGCCUUGUGCCCUGUGCCCUGUCUCCAGUCCAUCCGUUGCCACUCGUAAAGUUUGUGAAAAGUUUGUCAAUUUGCAUUCGGCUUCUCUCGGGAAAGUCCACGUUACUACUGUUUUCUGCUGCAUUUAAUUAGGUCUACCCCAACAGGCAGAAGGGACGGACCAACACAAAUUAUGCCUCUGAAAAUGAAUUUCCGGUUUAAAUUAGGCCUGCAAAAAUGCGAAUAAUAAAUAAAAUAAACUAAAGCAGCUAUAGCCAGAG